AUGAAACUUAACUUCGCCAAUCCGGCGACAGGUCAACAAAAAUUGUUUGAAAUUGAUGAUGAGAAGAAGUUACGUUUGUUUUAUGAUAAGCGUAUGGCACAGGAAGUCGAAAUUGAUGCUUUGGGAGAGGAAUGGAAGGGAUACAUUGUCCGCAUAACCGGAGGAAAUGACAAACAAGGGUUUCCGAUGAAGCAAGGAGUGCUGAGCAAUGGUCGAGUCCGCCUACUCCUCGCUAAGGGUGACUCUUGUUACCGACCAAGAAAAGCUGGAGAGAGAAAGAGGAAGUCUGUGCGUGGUUGCAUUGUUGACGCUAAUCUUUCCGUUCUGUCCCUCGUUGUGGUGAAGAAAGGUGACCAGGACAUCGAAGGCCUGACCGACAAAGUUUUGCCACGUCGUCUCGGCCCCAAGAGAGCAACGAAAAUUCGCAAGCUGUUCAAUCUUUCUAAGGAGGACGACGUAACAAAGUAUGUCAUCACCCAUGAGAAGACUCGCGGUGAAGGAAAGCCAACCCGCAUAAUCGCACCCAAGAUCCAGAGACUCAUUACUCCGACUGUUAUUGGAAGACGUAAAGCCCUCCUUAGGAAGAAGAUUCAACAACGUAACAAAUCUCGUGAGGAAGCUGCUGCAUAUCACAAACUCAUGACCAAAUACGCAAAGGAAGUGAAAGACCAAAAGGUUGCUCGCAGAAGAUCAUCCGCUUCGAGGUCGUCGGAAGGUGAUGCGAAGAAAGCUGCCAAGAAAUAA